GUAGACAGAUAUCACGCAGUGUGUCAGCCUCUAACGUAUAAAUCUAAAAUCAAUGGCCGAGUUGUCUUCAUCAUGAUUGCUGUCAGCUGGGGUGUUUCUGUGCUCGUUGCAAUUGCUGUGGUGCAAACUAGAUCAAACAAUGAUAAAUGUCAGGACACAUGCUUUAUUGACGUUAUCAUUGCAAACAUUGUUGGACCUUUAUUUUCAUUUUACCUUCCUGUUGUCAUCAUGCUUUGCAUUUAUAUGAAGAUAUUUGCUGUUGCACAGAGACAAGCACGAAGCAUCCAAUCUACGACAAAGCCUGGAGCAACAGUCAGUAAGAUGGAGAGAAAAGCAACCAAAACUCUGGCUGUUGUUUUAGGAGCUUUUCUGUUCUGCUGGGCUCCUGUCUUCUUUUGCAUCACUUUUCAACCUUUAGAAAAUAAUUUAGCACCAAUUCAUAUUAUUGAAAUUCUCGCUUGGCUUGCACUGUCAAACUCUACACUAAAUCCAUUUAUUUAUAGUUUCUUUUAUAGCUGGUUCAGGUCGGCCUUCAAGAUGAUUAUUUCUGGGAAAAUCUUUAAAGAAAACUUUGUUAACUUGAAUUUGCACUAAAGCUUAAUCUAAAGAAUGGACAGAGAUGUAAAAUUAUAUUCAGUGAAUGUGGCUGGAUUUUGUUCAUAAAGCAAUAGUUUGAUUGGUUGAAGUCUUUUCCAGCAUUUAUUUAACUGGUUUAACCAACUGAAAGCAGCAGUUAUUGUAGAUCCUUUAAGAACUGGUCAGUUUUUUUUCCCCCAACCACAUUCUUAGGGUUUACUUUUUGCACAUAAAAGGUGAAGCUGAAAAACAGAGAGAAA